AUGGCCCAUUUGCACGCCACACAUCGUGUGCGCGCCGCCACCAACAUUUCCGCGCCCACAAAAACAUUCUCAUCUCUAGAUGUUGUCACCCAGACAAAGAGUCCUUCUAUAUUCUAG